GAAUCAAACACCAUGCUCUCCUCAAUGACGUAGGUUUAGAGCAAAACAGAGCCACUUCUGUUGCGGACACAAAUCUGUGAUCUCAGACGGCAAUUUGCCGUGACCCUUGCUGCCGUUAUCACGGAUUGGAUCGUUUAGUACAGCGAAUAAGUGACAGUACAAGUAACGAAUAACGCGUCUGUCACCUACUUCUCACCUGUCUCCAGCCCCGCCCAUUCUAUAGGUAGCCUAAUCAUCGCGAGAUUUCACUGACGGGGUUUGGUCAGAAUCUCGUGUCGGCGGAGAAAGUGAAGUUUUGAUUUGGAAAACCAAAACAAAUGUGAUCGACGCCCUUUAAGCAGCUAUGAGCCAACCGUCCAGAAACCAUCGUCCGCAGAGAGAGAGGAACGGGGGACACUAUAGUGAGAGGCGAGACAGAGAGCCCCGCAGCCGACGGGACAGUCCCAGUGACCGACGAUCAGCCAGUGAGAGUUCGUCUGGCCAGCCCCCGUACUACCCCAGAGGUUCUCAGAGACAUGUGAGGAGCGAUCCUCGAGAGGAGCACCGGGAGUCAAAGUGCUCUUACAUCUGUUCCAGGAGAGGUAUUGUGUUAAUAUGUGCCGUCCUGACCAAUGCGUUGGUUCUGAUAUGCGUGGUGGCUGCUCACAUGUCGCAGAUGGGCAUGUCUGCGAUGGGUAUGGGCGGAACGAGCUUCAUUGACGCCAUGAUUCCUUUUGAGGGGGUGGAGCUGCAGCAGGUGCGUGAGCUUGACAUGCAGUAUGGACAGAUGAGAGCACCAGGAGUCUAUGGAGGUGUGGCCUUCUGCCUCACUUUUGGUGCACUUUCACUACUAUUUGUAGUGUCCAGCAGCAAACCCUCCCACAUGCUUCCAAGGAAGCUCCUGAUUGGACAGCUUGCAUUCCAGAUCAUUGGUGCAGUGGGUUACGUGGUUGCGGUAGGUUUGUACCUGCACUUCGUGAUCUCAGUGAACUCAACUGAUGUGUGCGUCCGGCGUGAACGACUGUAUGCUCGUAACGGAUAUACCUGGAUGAACUGUAGCGUAGGUGGGGGGGAUGCAGCUGUCGCACUGUUUGGAAUCAUAACAGCAAUUCUGUAUGCUGUUGGGACCUUUUUAACGGGACAAACAAUCCAGGAUGUCAGUCUUUAUUUUAAGGAGUGUGACCGCUAUGAAGCUGAACGCAGAGAACAACUUAGAGGUCCUCUGAAAACACCUCUUGAUCUUGACACUUAUGUCUGAGUUGUGCAGCAAAAAUAUGGACCGUGACCCUCUUGAAUGGAUGUAUAUAAACUGGCUUUAUUUUUUGUUUAUGUUUUUUUUCUUUACUUUUUAAAACAUUUUUGACUGUGAGAAACCUGUUUUUAGAAUUUGUAUGCAUAUUACAGUUUCAGGCUUCAGUUCAAUAUAUUUUUAAUGAUGAAGUUUUUCAAUUAAUAAACACUGAUUAAUUCCUUUAUAUAAUAAAUUGAAACUGUGGCAUAUAUGUUUUAUAUAUAUA